GCACAGGAUUUUAGUUGUAUGUCCCUGUUGGAAUCAGGACUGACAGAGCCCUAGUACUGAUCCCCCUCUGGGUGUGAGGCUGCGGGAGUUGCACAUAGAAAUCCUGUAUAAAGAGGGAGAAGCAGAAGGAAAAUGGUUCCUCUGUACCGGAGCCUCAUGCUCUUUAUUCUGCUGAAAUGUAUGUUUCCAGAAAUGAGUCCUUUAAUCAGAUGGGCCAGUGGUUCCUCAAUUCCUAUGGACAGUGUAUGUGGGCCCACAAAAGUCAUAAGGGCCGAGGAAGGAGCACAUGUGUUUCUACCAGUGCCCGAGUCGAGGACGGGACCUUUUACUUGGCGGUUUGAUACCGGAAACUUCUUUCUAAAAUUUGCUAGAACAGAAGCUGGCGGAAAGGUACAGGAGAUAGAUGACAGAUUCAUGGAGGGAGUCAGUUCCGCGGGAUUCAAAGGCAGAGUGAGCAGCACAGAGGAUGGUUCUUUAAUCAUUGCCAAUGUAUCCACCAAUGACCCACAAAUCUACUUUGAAUUUGCAGACGGAAGGGGCUGUGUCCAAGAGUAUCGUCUCCUAAUCUACAAAUCAUUAAAAGCUGAAGAUAUCCUGAUCCGCUGCAAUGCCAAUGUCACUGGGAUGGAACCGCGUAACAUUACCCUGACCUGUGCCGUGGCCCAACCACACGUGAAUGUCUCUUGGGAUGUAACAAAUCGGACUGGCGCCGAGGCGGAAGGACACACUCUUCACAUCUAUAAUGUAGAUACAAAUGAUACUUACAGUUGUACAGCACAAGAUUCCAUCAGCAGGGCCUCCAGAACCAUAAAUCCUUGGGAUCUCUGUCACCAAGGAUUUGGGAAAGAGAGUCUUCCAACGGUUCCAGCCCCGAAUCAGAAUGUGAAUGAGGAGAAGCAGACAUGCCAUAUCCAUAUCCAUAGUAUCCCACAGCCAGAUCCGGAAACAGAUUAAAACAUCUUUGGAAGGGAGAAAGGGAUAAAAGAGAGAGAAUUCUGCUUAGUUCUCUUCAUGUAUGAAAGGACUCUCAGCCGCACACAACUGAUUACUGACAUUACUAUUCCUGAUUUACUAAUAAUUGUAUAAUACAUUCUGCAGUGUUUCUGAUUUCA